GAUCGGGAUGGCUGUGGCUGUACGACUGGCCAAGGAGAAGGGAUUCAAAGUGGUUGCCACCAUGAGGGACCUAGAGAAGCGGGAACCCCUGGAGAGAGUGGCUGGGGACACCCUGAACAGAUCCCUGGAGAUCAGACAGCUGGAUGCCUGCUGUGAAGACACCAUCAGAGAGUGUGUGGACAGCCUGCAAGACAGACGGGUGGAUGUACUCGUGAGUAACGCAGGUGUAGGCAUGAUUGGGCCGUUGGAGUGCCAAAGUAUGUCUGACAUGCAGGGGCUCUUCGACACCAACUUCUUUGGCUUGGUGCGGCUGGUGAAGGAGGUCCUGYCUCUGUCCAUCUGUCCUUCCACUCUGAGGAUGACUCUGGUGGAGCCUGGUCCGGUGGGGACAGAGUUUGAGAGGAAGGUSUACGAGGACGCUGAGAAGAUGGACCUCGCGGGGGCAGACGAGGAGACUGCUAGGAUCUUCCGUGAGAUCUACCUGCCCUACUCUAGGAAGGUGUUCAACUCUCUCGCACAGACACCUGAGGAAAUAGCAGAGCAAACACUUCAACUGAUCACAGCGAAGGAGCCUCCCUUUCGCCACCAGACCAACCGUGUGUACAUGCCCAUGACUGCCCUGAAGCACGCAGACCCUACCGGUCRUCUACCCCAUGACACCUUCUAUAAGCUGCUAUUCAAGCGCGACACUCUAUUCACUGCCAGUCUGGGGCUGCUGCGCAUGUUGCAGAAGAGGACGGGAAAGAGCUCCAAUUGAGCAGAAUGUUGGAGAGACAGAGUGAAUAACCUGGUGAGGAGAGAUAGGGGGAUAGAGAGAGCAGAAGGUUGGAGAGACAGAGUGAAUAACCUGGUGAGGAGAGAGUAGCGGGG